AUGAAAAUACAUAUCCAAGAGCCUUUAUACCAAUCUGUCAACAAGAAGAGAGACGUUAUAAUCGGAAUCAAUUCGACGUUUUCCUCAGAAACCAUCUGCACAUCAGAGCCUAUUUUGAAGCCUAACAAAAAACCACGGAAAAGGAUGUCACGAAGCACAAAUGACACCACCGAACUCACCAGAUUCGAUUCCAGUGACAGUGGAGGCGUGUCGAUUGGAGACCCGACUGUUGGGUCCCGUGACUCGUUAAGGCUUAUGAGAAGAGAGCACUCGUCGGAGCACCAGCUGAGACACGACUACGCGGUUAUGAAAACGUCUCAGAGUACGGCUAGUGUUGGCACUCCGUCUAAAGAAAUGGAGAUGGGCUUGGAGAAUGAUAUCGACAAUUAUGCGCCGAGUUGUAGCAGUGAGUAUUAUAUUACUAGGAAGGAUUUUGGAAAACCAGAACCCCAACUUGCCAACGUGCUGAAAGAGUUCUACUGGAAAGAAGUUGUCUACGCAAGAGACAUGAAACUUGUCAAUGAGUCAUUCUUCAACAAAAUCAAAGACCACGUGGCAGAUUGUCGGUUUCUCAAAGAACUGUUCGGUUCACUUAAAGAACUGCCUCCAAUCCAUCAACCAUUUGUAGAUGCAUUGAAAGAAUCGAUGAGAGAACCGGACGACUCCAAAGCUGCACUGGUAGCCCCGGUUUUACUUGCCACGGUACACAAUCUGACGCCUCUUUAUCAGUCGCUAGUUCAGAAUUUUCCAAUUUACAUAUCAGCAUUAGACCAGCUGUACCGCUCGAAAAUCGGAUUCCGGACUAUUAUGUCAAAAUUCGAAUCGUCCAAAGAAUGCUAUACUCAAGUGAACUGGUUAUUGUUGAAAAUACUGAAUCGUCUGAUAAACUGGCAACCAGUUCUUGCAAGAAUCAUUGAAAUUCAACUAUCCGAAAUUUGCAAAAAAGACAAAAGCCACUCGUCAGUCACUGGAAGAUACAUUCAUGUGCUACAAGUGGAACGGGAUACAGGCCUGGUUGGCAUUCUGACCCAUCCGAAUCGGAAAAUCCUAAGAAUUGGGUUUGUGCUACGGUCUGCUCGACGAGCACCGUGUUGUCGAAUUAUGGUGUUGUGCUCCGAUCGGAUACUUUUCGGACACCGCGGCGCGAAUCUUGACGGAAAUUUUUUUACAGUUCAUGCAGAGUUUAAAUUAAAAGGAAUGAUGAUUGAUGAGGGAGACACCUAUAAAGUGAUGGAUGGCGAGAAGGAUGUCAUCACCCUACACAAUGCUGACAUAUCAAUUGUAUUCGCCGCACCGGACCGCGCAUCUUGGAUUGAAGAUAUCACAGAAGCUAUCAAAAACGCAGCUAGGGCGAAAAUCGAUCUUCCUAGCCUUGUGAUGGAGAAGAAAGAGGAAAAUGAUAUAGAUAUGACAAAAGUGCUUCUUCCGGAAGAAUCUCCUGUUUCAAAAAUGAGCCCUCUUCAAAUAUGUUGGUACCGAAAGUGCUCAUUUGGGAGGAAGGAUGUGAACAAAAUGAUUACCAAUACAAUGUGUGGAUAUUUGAAAAGAAAAUUGAGGAAUUCUGCUGGAUGGCAGGAUUUAUGGGUGGUCAUGUGCUGUCAUACACUAUAUUUCUAUAGAAGUCAUAAUGAUCGAGAACCUCUCGCUCACUUAUCCCUCAUGGAUUACGGUGUUGGCCUUCCUACCGUAGUCGACAACAUUGACAAUCAUGAAAACUGCUUCAAAUUGUUCUAUGGCUCGCACACCUACUUUUUUCGAACAGAUUCCUAUUACUUUUUCGAAAGAUGGGUCGAUUCAAUCUUCCAAGCGGCCAUCUCCCGCGACUCUCUCGACGUUGUGACGGCUCUCGCGCUUCGCAUCUGA